AUGACCACAUUGCUGCUCCCGCUUCUCGUCUUUGCGUUCACCGGCUCUGGGAUGGCUCAAGUCUCCAGUGGGACGAUGUUCACGAUUGAGGUCGGUCGGGCCGGUAGCUUCUUUGUCCCAGACUCGGUGAAUGCUCGACUGGGAGAUACAGUUAAAUUCCAGUUCUUUGAUGCGGCUCACGGUGUCGUUCAGACAUCGUUUGAGACCCCUUGCGAACCCCUCCCAGGCGGGUUCAGCAGUGGAGUCUUUCAACCUCCUGGUGGAGUAACUGAUCCGGGACAACUUGCGGAGUGGACUCUACAAAUCACUAAUACUUCGACAAUCUGGUUCUACUGCCCCGUUGAGAGUCCUGUUUCACAUUGCAGCACUGGGAUGGUUGGGGCAAUUAACCCACUUGGUGAAAAGAUGGUAGAGGACUUCAAAUCUGCAGCAAAAGCCUUCACUGCAACACAUCCGACACCAUCUCCUGCACUUACGGGUGUCGGAGCAGCAGCUACCGGAAGUCCAAUUAUUAUCGUCGAUAGCGCCCCUCCAUCUUCCCAAACUGAUUCUUCCUCCACCACGAGCUCGGCAUUCUCUUCAUUCUCUUCAAAGGUAGAAUCAACUAGCUCGCCCACCAGCGUUCCAGAGACUUCAUCGUCGAAUCACACACCAGCAAUCGUCGGUGGAACUGUAGCAGGCCUCGUAGCACUUUUCGCUACCAUAAUCGUCAUCGUCCUUAUCCUCCGCCGACGUCGUCCACGUCCUUCAAGCCCACAAGGUCAUCAUACAGUCGAAUCACAAUACUUCCCACCUCCAUCCUCGGGAGUGGCUGAUACGGCCAGGAGAAAGAUUCAAACACAAUUCUACCCAGUAAGAGCAGAAGAUAAUCUCCCGUCAAUCGGGUAUGGUUAUGGCAGAAGCGACUCCGAUCGACCUUCGUCGUCGUCGAACAUACAAGCACUUCAUAUACGAAACCAGGACAGUCAGGGGAAUUUGGCUGCGGGGGCGGCUGUUGUACCUAUUUCUUCUUCUGAAAGGAAUCAGCAUCAGCUACAGCAGCAGCAACAUCCUCAUGCUGAGCCUGGUGUGAACGUUGAUGUGGCGGAACAACGAGAGGUUGUCGAGCCGGGUGACGGACGAAGUGAGGAUAUCAACGCUUUGGCGAAGGAGAUUGCGGGUGUUUUACUUCGUGGACAGAGGAGCUUGGUUGUGCCACCCUCUCAAAGAAGGGAUGAUGGGAGUGUACACGGGAGUAGCGGGGAUUUGGAAGGGCCGCCUGAUUAUAAGUCUGGGGGACAUGGUACUAAUAGCUAA